GCGCAUGCGCGCUGGUUGAGUGGGGGAGGCCACCGGCCGGUCAAACUUUAGCCAUGGCAGGCCAUGGUGGGGCCGAGACGGUGCUGUUUAAACGCGGCGCCGGGCAGAGCGAUGAUUCGGACAUCUGGGAUGACACCGCGCUGAUCAAGGCGUACGAUAGAGCGGUGGCGUCAUUUAAGAAUGCUCUAAAGAAUGGUGAGUGUUCGGAGCCUUCGGACAAACAAGAACAAUGCUCAGGAACAAAGAGAAAAAAUAACAAAAAGAACAGAAGUAGGAAGAAAAGCAACGCAGCACCGUUGAAACAGUGGAGAGUUGGUGAUGCCUGUAGUGCAGUUUGGUCUGAGGAUGGCAAUGUGUACCUAGCAACUAUUGCCUCAAUUGAUCAGAAGAGAGGGACCUGUGUUGCUGUUUACACUGGGUACGGAAAUAGGGAAGAGCACAAUCUAUCCGAUCUGCUUCUUCCGAACACCGUUGAAAAAGAAAACGAGGAGCAGAAUGCCGAGGAGCAUGAAAAUGAAACUCAGUAUUCAACAGAUGAAAGUGAAAAGUUCUCCCAGUCACCUGGAAACAGAUACAACUCUACAAAAUUAAAAUCCUCUCACUGGAACUCCCAUUUUCCAUCUCCACCACCACCAGGCCUGGGAAGGCCUGGACCAAAAUUUAGUGGACCACCACCCUUCUUACCAAGCUACCCCCCACCAUUCCCAACAGGACCACCGUUGAUUCCUCCUCCACCACCCAUGGGUCCAGAUUCUCCUGAAGAUGAGGAAGCUUUGGGAAGUAUGUUAAUAGCCUGGUAUAUGAGUGGUUAUCACACGGGCUACUAUCUGGGUUUAAAACAGAGCCGAAUGGAAGCUGCCUUGGAGAGAUGUCCUCACCCUAAAUAACUGAAUAUCACUUACUAUCUUGAGCAAUUCCAUUUUGUCAACACAACAACUGACAUGUUUGAGAUGUACCAGCUAACUUGGGAAAACGUGGCUACAACUAAUACAGGUUCUGCUUCCUAAAUGACUACAUUUGCACAGGAGAUUAAACUCAAUCGGAGCUGCUACGUAUUACCUGUCCUGCUCAUCUGAUUAAUACUGCACUGUCAGCAGCUACUGCUACAGAAGAAAUGAAAGAUGUGAAAUUUUGCAUCACUGGAUUCAGAGCCAUUUUCAAGUAUGCAAACAGACUGAAGGCUUUGUUUAACACAGUGCAAGCUGAGUGCAGAGCCAACUUACAGUUAACUACCCCUGUGUUGUGGCACACUGGUGAUCUUGUAUUUCGCUGUGUGUUAUGUAAAUAACACACGGACUGUGCUAAUGUGUCUCCUAGAUUAUCCUGAGUUUGUUGGUUCUAAAGCAGAAACUCUGAAGAGACUGGCAAAUAACCAAAGUAAGUGCUAGAUUCUGUGCAUCAAGGUAAUAUUCAUUGUUGAAAACUUGGGAGUCACUGUGUGAAACACAGAAAACUCAAAUUUUCUCCAACUUCUGCCAACAGAUUUGCUAAUACAGAUAUUUACUAGAUCCUGAGAACCAAAAUCUCAGCUGAACUGAGCACAAAAGCUGCAGAAGAAACAUAUGGCAAGAAAACCCAGCAGUUUCUGGAAAUCCUUCCCACCUUGGAACACCAGAAAAUCAAACAAGCACUCAAAACCUUCAAUACAACACAGCCAGAAAUAGGAGAUGACCAUGGCCUAUAAUCUGAACCCAAAAGUGUAUGGUGCCAAAGAUUCUUUUUGGAAUGUCAUCCAGAUAUUGCACCCCUUCCUUAACAUGAAUUUUGCAGCAGACUAUGACUGUUAUGCCAGAGUAUUUCAACUAUUUGCUACUAAAGAUAAAAUUUCAAAUCUGAAAGGGGCAUUUACUAAUUCCAUGAACUUGCCUAACCCUGAUGAUAUGAAACUGGAUGUUCUGGCUUUUCAGAACAUCAAGACACACUUCCCAACUUCAGCAAAGUGGCACAGCAAGCUAUGAGUGUAUCCCCUGGAUCUACUGAUGCAGAGUGCAUAUUUUCACAGUUGGACUAAUUCCAUGACAGCAAGAGGCUCAACAUGAAUGAAGAUACUUUGAAGAAAAUUAUGCAAGCAUAUGCAAACCAGGAUUUCUGGAAAAACUACAAGCUCAGAGACAGAAUAUAUCUUUGUGUACACACAAGAAGUUUCAAUUAUACUGUAGUAAAAUAUGUAUAUUACAGGUUUUUUUGUUUUUCUUUUUCCUCUCCUCCUCUUCCUCCCCCCC